AUCCCGAGGGCCAAUCGGCGCGCACCGUGCUGCUCCGCCGCCAAAGCUCGCGCGGGGGAAGAGGGGCUGUAGCUGGGCAGGGAGAGGGCGGACGAAAGCGGCAGCGAUCUCGGCUGCGGCGCUACUGCCACUGCACGGCCCGCGGGGCGCGCCCUGACCCUUCCUCUUUGGGCAGGCUCGAGGGCGCGCGCACAGUCGGCGUUCCGGGGCCUCAAACUCCUGGGCCUUGACCCGGCAGGCCGCGUCUCCCCGGGUGUGAGUCCACCGGGACCCGGCCGCCGCCAAGCGCGGGCGCCACAGAAGCGGCGGCGCCCGAAGACGUGCUCCCUGCUCGGCCCGACAGCCUUGCUUGACCGCCAGUUCUUCUGCAGCCGAAGGCGGUUGUUCUUUUAAAGAAUUAUUGAAGACAAGAUUUUUUUCUUUUUUCUUUUUUUUAAUGGCUUUACAGAAUCUUAAAUAGAAUACAGUUUGACAUGACGGCAAAAAAUGUUGGUUUGACUUCCACAAAUGCAGAAGUAAGAGGAUUUAUAGAUCAGAAUCUCAGUCCAACAAAAGGCAACAUUUCAUUUGUUGCAUUUCCAGUUUCCAAUACCAACUCACCUACAAAGAUUUUACCAAAAACCUUAGGACCAAUAAAUGUGAAUGUUGGACCCCAAAUGAUUAUAAGCACACCACAGAGACUAACCAGUUCAGGAAGUGUUCUGAUUGGGAGUCCAUAUACCCCUGCACCAGCAAUGGUUACUCAAACACACAUAGCAGAAGCUACUGGCUGGGUCCCUGGUGAUAGAAAACGGGCUAGAAAAUUUAUAGACUCUGAUUUUUCAGAAAGGGCACUUUUCAUGAAUGGAGCUUGCAGGACUGGAAGUUGCUGUGGUAAACGAAGCAAAAAAGGAGAUAAAAAUGGGAAAGGCUUGAGACACUUUUCAAUGAAAGUGUGUGAGAAAGUUCAGCGAAAAGGUACAACAUCAUACAAUGAAGUUGCUGAUGAGCUGGUGUCAGAGUUCACCAAUUCAAAUAACCAUUUGGCUGCUGAUUCGCAGGCUUACGAUCAGAAAAACAUUAGGCGAAGAGUUUAUGAUGCUUUAAAUGUGCUAAUGGCAAUGAACAUAAUUUCAAAGGAAAAAAAAGAAAUCAAGUGGAUUGGCCUGCCUACCAAUUCUGCUCAGGAAUGUCAGAAUCUGGAGAUAGAGAAGCAGAGGCGGAUAGAACGGAUAAAGCAGAAGCGGGCCCAGUUGCAGGAACUUCUUCUACAGCAAAUCGCUUUCAAAAACCUGGUACAGAGAAAUCGACAAAAUGAGCAGCAAAACCAGGGCCCGCCGGCUCUGAACUCUACCAUUCAGCUGCCAUUCAUAAUCAUCAAUACAAGCAGAAAAACAGUCAUAGAUUGCAGCAUCUCCAGUGACAAGUUUGAGUAUCUUUUCAAUUUUGACAACACCUUUGAGAUCCAUGAUGACAUAGAAGUACUAAAGCGGAUGGGAAUGUCAUUUGGCCUGGAGUCAGGCAAAUGCUCUCUGGAGGAUCUGAAACUUGCAAAAUCCCUGGUGCCAAAGGCUUUAGAAGGUUAUAUCACAGAUAUCUCCACAGGACCUUCUUGGUUAAAUCAGGGACUACUUCUGAACUCUACCCAAUCAGUUUCAAAUUUAGACCUGACCACUGGUGCCACCUUACCCCAGUCAAGUGUAAACCAAGGGUUAUGCUUGGAUGCAGAAGUGGCCUUAGCAACUGGGCAGUUCCUGGCCCCAAACAGUCACCAGUCCAGCAGUGCAGCCUCUCACUGCUCCGAGUCCCGAGGCGAGACCCCCUGUUCGUUCAAUGAUGAAGAUGAGGAAGAUGAGGAGGAGGAUUCCUCCUCCCCAGAAUAAAGACAAGAGAAAGCCUACGUUUCAAUAUGUGAUGCUCAUGUGUGUUUGUAGUGUGAGCUCUUGUUUUUGAAAUGAUUGCUUCAGUCUUUGCCUUUGUUUGCACUGUGUGUUCAGUGAAAACUAGAGAAACACAAUAAGCAAAUCACAUGAAGGCUGAGAUGAUUGAACAUAGUGUGAAUGAAAGUCUGGCCAACAGAGCAGUAGGUGAUAUAACAAACAAAGGAUGCUUUCUGAGGAGAUAGUGGGGAUAAUCCCUGAAGAGUUGGCAGUGUGAGUGUGCUCAUUUAUCUGCUGUGAGGUGGGAUUUUUGUGUUCCUCACACCCAUGUAAUUAUUCUUAGAAUUGAGAUUGCUACACGGAGCAGUCCUUGACGAUCAUGUUUCUGACGUUUCUCUUCCCUGCCUGGACUGGCCUUUGACAAGGCGGAAAUGAACAUGAAAAGUCCCCAGGAGAGGGGAGCUGUGUAGUGAGGGAUACUGAGGGCAGUCCUGUGGCCGAGGGGCACGGAUUGAACUGCUGAACUAGUUGGAGGUCUAGUUAAGGUGCUUUACGCAUCAGCUGCCUUAGACAGCUUCUAGAAAGGAGCAAGCGCUACUUCUUAAGUACUUAAGUGACAUUUAGAUAAUUUAUAGUAAAACUGAAAUUAUUAUUAAUUAGCCAAUGCAUUGAUGCAUAGAAUUUACUAGGGCUACUUCUGGAAGCCAAAAUAGAAUAGCAUUUCCAUGUGCAUUAAAUACUUUGCCAGCACUGCCUUUUGCCAGCAUCCUAAAUCUGGAGUUUUACAAAGAGGGAAACUGUAUCUUUGGGUUGAUCAAAGCUACGCAUUUCAUACAGCCUUUCAUUUAAAACAAGACACAUUCCUAUGACCAAAUUGCUUGUCUACAGUUCCCUGCAGCAAUUGUAUGAUCUCACCCAGUGUGCAAUUUGUGAAGAUGAACCAAAUGUCAUUACUUUUGUCUUAAAGAAAAGUGUAUUUCAAGAAUA